AUGGGGUCUUCAAAGACAGGCUUCUCCAGAGGCUCAAGGCAAGAGGGGAUACCUGAACCCCUGGUCAAGUGGAUCGACGCCUUCUGCUCCAAGCGCACAGCGACCAUUGCCGUAAACGGGUUCACAUCUGGACGGCAAGAGCUGCCCCAAGCGGGUCUUCCGCAAGGAUCGCCGCUGUCUCCAGUGUUGUUCCUCUUCUUCAACGCCGACCUAGUGCAGCACAAGAUCGACGCGAACGGAGGCGCAAUUGCCUUCGUGGACGACUACACUGCCUGGGUAACGGGCCCGUCAGCGGAGUCGAACCGCACUGGAAUCCAAGCUAUCAUCGACAAAGCCCUUGACUGGGAGAAACGGAGCGGUGCGCAGUUUGAAGGCGAAAAGACAGCCAUCAUACACUUCACGAGGAACAUGGAGCGAUUUUCAGAACAACCGUUCUCGGUCAAAGGCGAAGUGGUCAAACCGAAGGAAAGUGCGAAAAUCCUAGGUGUCGUGAUGGAUCGCGAACUCCGCUACAAGCAGCACAUUGCUAGGACGGCAGCUAAGGGCCUCGCAGCCGCUCUGGCCCUGAAGAGGCUGAAGAUGCUUUCCCCGCGGACAGCGAGACAGCUAUUUGUUGCGACAGUAGCCCCGGUCAUGGACUACGCUGCCAAUGUCUGGAUGCAUGCGUGCGGGGAAAAGGCACUGAGCUGGCUGAACAGGGCGCAGAAAAUCGGGGCCCUGGCCAUCACGGGAGCCUUUCGAACCGCGGCAACAGCCGUGGUGGAAGCUGAAGCGAGCAUCUACCCCGUACGAGAACGACACGCCCAGGCGGCAGCCAGUCUGUGGAUCAACAUCCACACGCUGCCCGGAACGCAUCCCCUUGCCAUGAAGAAAGUCCGGAACACCGUACGAUUCGUAUCUCCGCUGCAGAAAAUUGCCCGUGUGGCCGAAGGAGUACGAGUUGACCGGAUGGAGACAAUCCAGGAAUACGCCGUCCCGCCCUGGGUACCUCGCCUACGACCGACGCUCGAAGCCGAUCGAGGGAAGGCGGCCGAGAUGGUCAACAAAAUUUCGGGAAUCGUGAUCGCAACCAGCUCAUCCGUAAAGAAGGGCAUUGUUGGCAUGGGCGGCCUUGCACGGGAUACUCUCUUCAACAGAACUAGCGAGACUGUGACAAACUAUGCUGUUGUUCUUGGGACAAGGGAAGAGCAGAACCCAUAUACAGCAGAGCUAGCAGCCAUCGCAAUGGCCCUGGAGAAGUUACCGGCUAGCAUCUGCCACAGGCACAUCACCGUGAUCACUAGGAACCAGUCAGCGCUGGCAGCAGUUGGACAGCCGCGGCAGCAAUCCGGCCAAAGCAUCAUACGGCAAAUCUACGACUUGGCCAGGCUGCACCGACAAAGAGGGAACUCGGUCAACUUUCUGUGGAUACCAGCGGAGAUUGACUUCGCGCUGGGGUCAGAUGCCAAGGCAGCAGCCCAGAGAGCGUCGAAGCAAGGACGCACACCCGACUCCCAAAUACCCCAGGCCAAGUCUACCGCGAUGAGGCUGGCAAUGGAAAGACAACGGGCGACAAGAGUUCUACCUGUAAGCGUGGGCAAGUUCUCAAAGGCCAUGGACGCAGCACUACCAGGCAAGCACACGCGCCAUCUCUAUGACAAGCUGAAGCGAAAGGAGGCCUGCGUAUUGGCGCAGCUCCGAACCGGAAUGGCGAGACUGAACGGUUUUUUGAGCAGGAUUGGGGCGGUCGAGUCAGACCUUUGUGCCUGUGGACAAGCGAGGGAAUCAGUGGAACACUUUCUUUUCCGAUGCGUGAGAUGGACAGCUCUGAGGGAAGACAUGCUGCAAUGCACAGUGGCAAGACGAGGAAGCCUCUCGUUCUAUCUGGGAGGGAAAGCGCCAUCAGAUACAAGGCAUUGGUCACCAGAUAUGAAGGCAGUCAGGGCGACGAUCAAAUACGCAAUGGCAACAGGAAGGCUGGAGCUGAAUGAGGAGGAGAGUCUAGACCAGUCACAGUAG